ACAUGGCGAUCACGGGGAGCGGAUCUCUCGCUAUUUCUUUCGCUGUUUUAGUGAUUUCUGCGGCGUUUCUUCACAAAGGAGCUGCUGAAAUCGUGACAGUUGACAGCCAGAACCUGGCAACCGACAACGUGUCUGUGAUUGAGGGGGAAACGGCCACCAUCAGCUGCCGAGUGAAGAACAACGACGACUCCGUCAUCCAGCUGCUGAACCCGAACAGACAGACCAUCUACUUCAGAGAUGUUAGACCUCUCAAGGACAGCCGGUUCCAGCUGGUGAAUUUCUCUGACAACGAACUCCGGGUGUCUCUGUCCAAUGUGUCGCUCUCCGACGAGGGACGCUAUGUGUGCCAGCUCUACACAGAUCCUCCUCAGGAAGCCUACGCAGACAUCACUGUCCUGGUCCCGCCAGGCAGUCCAAUCAUUGAGAGCCGGGAGGAUGUGGUCAGCGAGGGGAAUGAGACGGAGCUCACCUGCAUGUCCAUGGGCAGCAAGCCAGCCGCUUCCAUCAGAUGGAUGAAGGGGGAGGACGAACUGACAGGUGAAACAACAGUUGAGGAGACGUAUGACAGGAUGUUUACCAUCACCAGCCGGGUGAGAUUUUCUGUCACCAAGGAGGAUGAUGGAGUGCCAGUGGACUGCAUCGUUGACCAUCCAGCUGUAAAGGACCUCCUGGCUCAAAGACACUUGGAAGUACUCUAUAAACCAGAGGUGAAGAUUGUUGUAACGUAUCCUGACGGGUUAACAAGAGAGGGCGAUAAUCUGGAUUUGACAUGUAUCGCUGAGGGGAAACCAAUCCCCCAUCAGAUCAAAUGGCUCAGAGUGGACGAAGAUGUGCCGCUUCAUGCAGUGGUCACCGGCUCUGAUCUUUACAUUGAGAAUCUGAAUAAGUCGUAUAACGGCACCUAUCGCUGCGUGGCGUCUAAUGCUGUCGGGGAGGCCUAUGAUGACUACAUCCUCUAUGUGUAUGAUGCUCCCACUACUAUCCCCACACCCACCACCAACCCAGUCAACACGCAAGACUCCAGAGCCGGCGAGGGUGCACCACAGAAAAUCGACCAUGCUGUCAUCGGAGGAGUGGUUGCUGUUGUGAUGUUUGCAAUCCUGUGUGCACUCAUUGUGCUUGGUCGGUACUUUGCCAGACACAAAGGAACUUACUUCACGCACGAAGCCAAGGGAGCGGACGAUGCGGCUGAUGCAGACACAGCAAUCAUCAACGCAGAGGGGGGUCACAAUAACACAGACGAGAAGAAGGAGUAUUACAUCUAAUCUGGAAGGGGCCUGGAAUGAAGGUUGGGGAUGGUGUGGGCGCACUGUGUCCAGUGUUGAUUGGUAGCAAGACAGCUUGGGUUAGGGUAAAAGAAGGAAGGAGGGGGAGGGAAAGAGGGGAGUAGGAAUGGCAUAGACGUGUGGGAAGAAGAGGCGUCGCUUAGUCUCCUGUCCGACCCUUCCUGGACUGCUGGGUCCUAUUCUGUACAGUUUAAUUAUUUUACAGACAAUUUUGUGCCUUGUUCUAUUUCUUUUGUUGGUUUGUUGGUUUCUAUUCACAUGCUUGUUGGAUUGGAUUCUUUCUCCAUGUACACUACUUGACCCUUUGUUGCAUUUGGCUUUCAGAGGAGGUAGAAAGGGGUCUGGUGUUUGUCAGUGUGUGCUGCAACUAGCUUUUAGCUCGUGUAACCAGAUAUAUGAGAGGCCAGCUAAAUCAUACCUUUUACAUUUUUUUUUUCUUAAGUCCUUUCCAGUGUUUAGUAAAUGAGAAACCCAUUAUCAACAUGUUUCUUCCCGCUGGGCAAAGUCCUGUGGUGCCUCCAUGUUCAUCACAUUUAGAUUCAGGUCUGAUUGGUUUUGACAUAUUCCUGCAGAUUACAUACAGUCCUCCUCAAAUGCAGGCCCACUGUUGAUUACUUAUGUAAGGUUUUUGAGUAAUCAUACCUUGAAUGUAUUUGCUAGAAGAGUAAUAGUCAUGUUAUAUGAAUACGUAUUCAGUUUAGACUCAAGAUGUAACAUAAAACCAGUCCCUCAAAGAUUGCCAGAUCCAAAUAGUAAUGGAUAUUUUUUCUUGGACCACAUUCCUAAAGUCUGGAGCAACUACUAUUUAAAAAUCAAUUAUCUGCUUGUGUACGUAAGUCAGACUCAGUCAGCAAAAUCUCUAAUUUCAAUGGUAUGUAAUUAUUUUUGAUCUCUGUACUUGCAAUUGACGCCAUAUUGUUUUUAUUUAUUGAUGUCCUGAUCUAGAUUUUUUUUUUCAUUUAAGAUGUAGUGUUUGCCAAUACCAAGCUUCAUUCUAAUAGUUUCAUUUCUUUGCAGCCAGAUUUGCAUACUACGUACCAUAAGUACAAUAAAAUGAAUAGAAUAUAUGAAAUGUAUAUGAUUUGCUUAUCGGUAGUGCUACAGAAGUCUGAAGUGUUUCAACUGACCAACUAUCUUUCUGUUGGUUGCCAGUUUCUGUGAUUCGGAGUGGAUUCCCUUGUUGCACUACAAACUGAAGCAUGCCCAUGUUUAGAAUCUCUUGAUCAGCCAUUGUUUUCCCAACUUCUUGCACUAUAGCAUAGAUUAAUGUGGACUAGGUCUUUGAUGAUUUAAAUCUGUUUAAUGUCUCCUCAAGAUCCACAAAACUGCAAAUACCGCAUACCACAGAAGGCAACCUAAUCUGUUUGUGAGUGGGGAAUAUAUCCAGUGUCCUAUGAGGAUAGGUGAUAACACAAACUCUGAAUGUCUAUUGUAAAACCUAAAGUUAGUCAUGUCAAAUGAUAUAAGACAUGACUAACUUUUCUAAUCCAGCUCAGGUAGUGUUGUCAGCUAAAUAAUGUCGUAAGGAAAACCUAUAUUAUCCACCAAAGCAAAGGGUUGUUCAUCCAGAGUGAUAAAUUAAAUCCUUGCGUAAUCAUUUCUGUC